AGCGUUGCUACUGUCGAUGGCAGCAACAUGGAAGGGAGAGGAAAGGCGCUGACCAUGAGAGAGGAAGGGAGGAGACGAGUAAGAAGCGAUGAGCAUGCCGUCUGGGCAACCCUCUCCCAGAUGCAGUCGCCGCAAGUUUGAUGAAGACCUCAAGGUUUGCAGCCCAUGAAACCCGAGUAAGUGUAGGAGGUAAGCGUGAGCCCAGUUGGAUCCCAAGGGCAUGACCCGCCAGCAUCUCUCGGACGAGCCCAGUCACGUCGUCGUCAGUCACGUCGUCAUCAAUCACGUCGUCCCGACUCUCACCGACUCCUCCGCUCGCGCCAUCACCGUAUCAACCCAUCAGUCGAGCGGACAGCAGGCUCUUGAACUCGCUCGAGCCAAGGAGGGAUGGCAGUGGGAGGAGAGUGCACGAGCUGAGGUAGCAGCUGAGGUAGCAGCUGAGAAGCACUUCUCCUGCUGGUCCUCGUUUCAUCCUCCAGCAACUCGGCCCAUGAGCCGUCAAACGGCCAUGCAACCCCGCGACACUUUUGCGCGGGGGUUGCGGACUGCGACGAUGCUGACCUCCUCUCUUCUCCUCUUCCUCUGCGUCCUCGCGUUCCAACACUCUCCGCACGCUGACCUUCUUCCGAGCCUCUCUGCUGCUUCUACCCAGCAGAGUCAUCCGGAUGCUGCCCAGGCUGCGGAACAGGCCAGCAACAACGCGAUGCACUGGGAAGCGAAGGUGAAGCAAUACUACCAGCAGCAGUACAAGCAGGGAAAGAUAGCGCAGGUGCCUCUCAUACCAGACCUCAACUCUCAUGCCCCGUCGAGCACCCUGCAGCCCUCAGCUGACAGUCGCUUCAAGCCUCCUCCGCCUGUUACUCUUCCCAAGCCGAAGCCCUACCGCAACCCAUGCACGACAUGCAAAGCCAUAGACGUCGGCGAGCACGCGACCAAGCAGGUGUCGCCGAUACAAGACGAGAAGCAGCCGAGCGAGCGAGCUACCCCCGCCAAGACUGACCAUCACCAUGAUCAUCGGCACUCCGAGCCUGCCAGCAGCCCCACUGAGGAGCACGAGGAGACGAAACCUUCUUCCUCAGACCCUCGGCUAUGGAUCACGCUCUUGUGCUGUAUGUUGAUGAUCGGAAUCAUCAUGACUCACUCGUCACUCUUUUCCGAGCCACGGGAUUGAUUUUCUUUUAUUCUUUCCAUUCUUAC